CCUCCUGGCAGCGGAUUGGCCGAACGCCGCAAAACGCCACGGAUCAUAGAAGAAACCAAAUGCCAAAAAGAUUCAGACCACCACUUUUCUUUUCAUAUUUCAUGAAGAAUUAAAAGAAGAAAAAUCUUUUCCAUUUCCAGCCACAAUUUCCCUUUUAUUCCAUUUUUUUCUGGACUCAAAUGAAUGACCCAUUCAAUACAAACAAAACCCAGCAAGACAACAAGAUCCAUAAUCCCUUCUCUUUUCGUCUGAUUCUUUCUGCUCAAACGGCUCAUAAUCACAUCAGUUUAAUCGAUUUUGAGCUUUGUAUUGGAACGUAUAUAUAGAUGGAUUUUGAGUUUGUAAAGAAAGGUUUGAUCUUGACGCCGAAGAAGAAGAAAUGGUUGAUUGCACUUGGGGUUAUUGGGGCAUCAUCGUAUGGUGCAUAUAGAGUGUAUAAUAUACCGUCUAUUGUGAGAAAGAGGAGGAGAAUUAUGAAGGUGUUGUGGGCUUUAGUGUCUGUAGGUGAAAUGGUGUGUGAAUCUGCUGAGGCUGUCACUGUUGUGUCCAAGGAUUUGAAGGAGUUUUUGCAGUCUGAUUCCAAUGAAAUUCCCAGUAGUUUUAAGCAACUGUCGAAAGUUGCUCGAUCUGAGGAGUUUUCAAAGGCAUUGAGUAGAGUUUCAGAGGCUGUAACAUCUGGGGUAUUGAAGGGGCACCAUAAGUCAGCUGGAGAUGUUGGAAGUUCAGAUUUUUCAGAUAAACUUAUGGAUAGGUUGACCAGUAGUGCUGGGGCCGGGUUUGCUUCAGUGGUUGUUGGUAGCUUCGCGAAGAAUUUGGUUAUGGGGUUUUACUCGAACAGCCAGUCUCGUGAGGACAUGGAUGGGAAUCAUUGUCCUGGGAAUCAUCCAAAUUCAUCCACUCCCCCGGGUUGGGUAGAUGCAGUGUUUGGUGAUCGGUCUAAAGUACUGAUGGCAGAUUGUAUACAGACGUUUGUAGGCACUGCUAUUGCUGUUUAUCUUGAUAAGACGAUGCAUAUUAACUUCUACGAUGAGAUGUUCUCUGGAAUGACUAAUCCUAAACAUCAAGCCGAAGUUAGGGACAUUAUGGUUUCCCUCUGCAAUGGCGCUGUGGAAACUCUGGUCAAGACUUCUCACCGAGUCUUGACAUCUAAUCCUGACCCGAGUUUGAGUUUGGCAUCCUCUGUUUCCAUUGUUGAUCACAGCGACGAUGAUCCAACCCAAAUGAAUGGCAAGGAUUUCAAGAACGCAUCUCCAGAGAAGAGCCAACCCAUCGAUCUGCAGAGUAACGGAUGGCUGAGUAGUGUCUCGUCCACAUUGGCAGUGCCAAGUAACCGGAAGUUUGUGCUUGAUGUUACGGGCAGGGUGACAUUUGAGACUGUAAGAUCCAUAGUGGAGUUCCUGGUAUGGAAGAUGUCGCAAAGCUUGAAAACAAGUGUUAAUGUAGUUCAAGAAGAAGUGUCGGAGCGGGGGAUGGAUGUGAUCAGAUACAUUUGUGCCAAAUCUUCUGUUAUUCUUACAAUAUGCCUUGCAUUGUUGUUGCAUAUACUGGGCAGUACUCACAAUCUGUUGCCUGCCCAAAUCUGAUUCAUCUAUACUCUACAUAUUAUGCAGGUUUAGUUUCUUGGAUAUAGAUCUUCCAUUCCAAUAAGGACCAUGUAUAGAAUUGUUAUUAGCCUCUAUAAUAAUUGCAAAGUACACAUUUCUUGUAACCAAGUCUUCUUAAGGGUAUGUGUAAAUGAGGAAUCUUGAAAACAUAUUAUUGUAGCAGUAAUGUUAGUCCAAAGCUGUUGGUGCA